AUGGCUGAUCAACUUAACAUGGGCGGUUUGAGCCUGGGUGACCAGCAACAAGCCUCUACAGGUCGUUCUUACAUCCCGCCUCACAUGCGAGGAAAGGUCGGUGGCCCUGGUAACGGUCCUCCUCCUCCCAUGGGCGCUGGCGGUCCUCCACCCAACAUGAACGGUCUCAACAGUAGCGCGUGGGCUGGUAACAACAACUUCGACGCUCGACCCGCUCCUGGAUGGACAACCGGUCCCGAUUACCCGCCUCCUCAGCAACAGCAACAACCGCCGCCGCCUCAGCAGCAGCAGCAGCAACCUCGUCAAGGAGGCUGGAAUAACCGACAGUUCGAUCGUAAUGCCUACGGUAACCCAUCUACUGGUGGAAACAGCGGUGGUGGUGGCGGCGGUGCCUACGCUCGAGGUUCUGGCGACGGACAGUGGCGCGACGGCAAGCAUAUUCCUGGCCCCCCUAACCCCCGCAUGGAACGUGAGCUAUUCGGUACGCCGGAUGACCCUUCCAAGCAGCACACUGGUAUCAACUUCGAGAAGUACGACGACAUCCCUGUCGAGGCCUCCGGCCAUGAUACUCCUGACCCCGUUCUUACUUUCAGCAAUCCCCCGCUUGAUGACCAUCUGAUCCGCAACAUUGAACUAGCUCACUACAAGGUUCCGACUCCCGUUCAGAAGUACUCGAUCCCCAUUGUCAUGGGUGGCCGAGAUCUGAUGGCUUGUGCCCAGACUGGUUCUGGAAAGACUGGUGGUUUCCUUUUCCCCAUCCUCUCCCAGGCCUUCCUUACUGGCCCUUCUGCCGUGCCUGCCGGUGCCCCUGGUGGUGGUUACGGCCGUCAGCGCAAGGCUUAUCCCACAUCUCUUAUCCUUGCUCCAACUCGUGAACUGGUCUCUCAGAUUUACGAUGAGUCUCGCAAAUUUGCCUAUCGAUCUUGGGUCCGACCCUGCGUGGUGUACGGUGGUGCUGACAUCGGCUCUCAACUUCGUCAGAUCGAGCGCGGCUGUGAUCUUCUUGUCGCUACACCCGGCCGUCUUGUCGAUCUCAUAGAGCGAGGUCGCAUCUCUCUACAGAACAUCAAGUAUCUAGUUCUGGAUGAGGCUGAUCGUAUGCUGGAUAUGGGUUUCGAGCCUCAGAUCCGUCGCAUUGUUGAAGGCGAAGAUAUGCCCGGCGUUCAGAACCGACAAACUCUCAUGUUUUCAGCCACUUUCCCCCGGGACAUUCAAAUGCUUGCCCGCGAUUUCCUUAAGGACUACGUCUUCCUUUCAGUUGGACGUGUGGGCUCAACCUCUGAGAAUAUUACUCAGAAGGUCGAGUAUGUUGAGGAUAGCGACAAGCGCUCUGUUCUUCUAGAUAUUCUACACACUCAUGGCGCUGGCCUCACCCUUAUCUUCGUCGAGACAAAGCGCAUGGCGGACUCUCUAUCCGAUUUCUUGAUCAACCAGAACUUCCCCGCCACGUCGAUCCACGGUGAUCGCACACAGCGUGAACGUGAACGUGCUUUAGAGAUGUUCCGAAAUGGACGAUGUAACACGGGUCAUUCCACAGCAUUCUUCAACCGAGGCAACCGUGGUGUCGUACGAGACCUCAUCGAGCUGUUGAAGGAAGCCAACCAAGAGGUUCCGGCGUUCCUUGAGACUAUUGCUCGAGAAAGCUCUUACGGCGGCGGUAGCCGUGGUGGACGGGCUGGUGGCGGCCGCGGCCGUGGCCAAGGUGCCAACCGCGAUUUCCGAAAGUUCGGUGGUAGCGGCUUCAAUGGCGGCGGCGGAGGCGGCGGUUUUGGUGGCCCUCAGCAGUCCAACGGCUUUAGUGGCGGCGGUGGUGGUUACAACGCUCCUCCCAGCCAGGGCUACGGCGGCGGCGGAGGCUACAGUGGUGGUGGCGGCGGCGGCGGUGGUGCACCAGGCUAUGGCGGCGGUAGCUACGGCAACCCUGGCGGAGCAGGCGGCCAGGCUUCCUGGUGGUAA